UGAAAAUACUAAUUUCUCAUGUGGAAAAACAAAUUAGCUGAGAAAGGAAAUCGGCAUUAUGGAGAGAUCGACUUUUCUUAAUUCUAAGUAUUUGCAGAGUAGGACAAAUAAAAAAAACAAUUGGAUCCAAGUUCGAGUGUUUAUUCUAUCAAUAUUAAAGGGAACAACAAAAAUAUAUUACCAACUAUUAAAUCAAAAUCUCCUGAAAUUAUAAAAAUUCAUGAAUAUAAUACAGGAUAAUUCAAUAUAAAAUCAAAAUCUCCUAAAGUAAAAGCAGUGAAUGUCAAUUCAAAAAAUUUAAGUAAGUAAUUUGAAAGUUUUAUGAAAUCAAAAAGAGGGUAGAAAUAAUAAUAAUAAUUAUGA